AGGCAUGGCAGCGCGGGCGCCGCCGGCCCCUUUCCAAGAUGGCCGCCCGCCCCUCACCCGCCGAGGCCCCGGGCUGCCGGCGCGGUGCUGAGCGCGCGGCCCCGCGGCCCUCCCCUCAGCGGCCCCGGGGCGCUCGGUAGCUGCCGCCGCCUCCCGGAGGUCUCCAGGCGGGUCAUGGCGCUGCUGCGGCUGCUGCUGCUCCGGGGGCGCUGCGGCUGCUGCCGCCGGCCCUUCCCGCCGCCCGCCCCGGCCUGGGCCCGCCCGCGGCCCGGUUGCGGUCCCGGCGGCGCCCGGCGCGGCCUGCAGAGCCUUCUGUCACAAACACUUUCCCCCACACCUCAAGGUCUCAGUGGAGCCCUGGUGAAACAACAGAUAAUUCGAGAUCCAGUCAGGCUUUGGAAUCUCUUAGGUAGCACCUACUGGUUUACUACUUCAAGCUCCCAGAGGAGUAACCAGAAGAAUGGAGGGUUCAAAAAGAAAUCUCCACAGGAGGAUGAUGAGGAGGAGAAACGCAGGAAAAGGGAAAAUCAGCUGCACCUGGAACGCCUGCGGGCCCUGCUCAUCCUGACACUCAUAGUGCUGAUGUUCCGGUUCAUGGUCACUGAGAACAGAGAAGGGACCAGCAUUUCCUGGAACUACUUUGUGAAUGAGAUGCUGGCAAAGGGUGAGGUCCAGAGAAUUGAAGUGGUGCCUGAGAGUGACAUUGUGGAAGUUUAUCUGCACCCAGGAGGAACUCCCCAUGGACAAGUUAACGUGACCCUGUUGUACACCAUGCGGGUGGCAAACAUUGACAAAUUUGAAGAGAAGCUGAGAGCUGCAGAGGACGAGCUGAAUAUUGAUGAGAGAGAGAGAAUCCCUGUUUCCUACAAACAUCCUGGCUUUUAUGGAAAUGAUCUCACUUCCCUGCUGGUGACCCUUGUGGUUCUGUCCAUGCUCUGGAGCCUCUUCCGCCUCAUUCGGGUUGCAGGCCGGGCAGGAGGAUUCAACGCCUUUAACCAGUUGAAGAUGGCUCGUUUCACCAUCGUGGAUGGGAAGUCGGGAAAAGGGAUUGGCUUCAAAGAUGUGGCAGGAAUGCACGAAGCGAAAAUGGAAGUCAAAGAGUUUGUGGACUAUUUAAAGAAUCCUGAUCGCUACCUUCAGCUUGGGGCUAAAGUGCCCAAGGGUGCCUUAUUACUAGGACCUCCAGGCUGUGGGAAGACCUUGUUGGCCAAGGCUGUGGCUACAGAAGCACAAGUGCCAUUCUUGGCCAUGGCAGGCUCCGAGUUUGUGGAGGUGAUAGGAGGUCUUGGAGCUGCCAGGGUCCGGAGCCUGUUCAGAGAAGCCCAGGCUCGUGCCCCCUGCAUCGUCUACAUUGAUGAGAUCGAUGCCGUGGGCAAGAAGCGUUCGACCAACAUCUCUGGGUUUGCCAAUGCUGAGGAGGAGCAGACUUUAAACCAGCUGCUGGUGGAAAUGGACGGAAUGGGAACUGCAGACCAUGUCAUAGUGCUGGCUUCCACCAACCGUGCUGAUGUCUUGGAUAAUGCCUUGAUGAGGCCUGGGAGGCUCGACAGGCACAUCUUUAUUGAUCUUCCUACACUCCAGGAGAGAAGAGAGAUCUUCGAGCAGCACCUGAAGGGGCUCAAACUGAUCCAAGAUGCCAGCUUCUACUCUCAGCACCUUGCUGAACUGACUCCAGGCUUCAGUGGAGCUGACAUAGCAAAUAUAUGUAAUGAAGCUGCUCUUCAUGCUGCCAGAGAAGGUCACAAAUCCAUCGAUACUUCCAACUUCGAGUAUGCUGUGGAAAGAGUCAUUGCUGGCACUGCCAAAAGAAAUAAGAUCUUGUCACCAGAGGAGAGGAAGGUUGUGGCGUUCCACGAGUCGGGUCACGCCUUGGUGGGCUGGCUGCUGGAGCACACGGAGGCUGUGAUGAAGGUGUCCAUAGCCCCUCGGACUAACGCAGCACUGGGAUUUGCUCAGAUCCUUCCCAGAGAGCAGUACCUCUUCACCAAGGAGCAGCUGCUGGAGAGGAUGUGCAUGGCUCUGGGGGGCAGAGUGGCUGAGGCCAUCACCUUUAACAAAGUCACCACAGGAGCUCAGGAUGACCUGAAGAAGGUGACCAAGAUAGCCUACUCCAUGGUGAAGCAGUACGGGAUGGUGCCCAGCAUCGGGCAGCUCUCCUUCCCAGACCUGGAGAGUGCCCCAGGAAUCGGUCGGCGCCCUUUCAGCCAGGGACUGCAGCAAAUAAUGGACCAUGAAGCCAAAGUCCUGGUGGCUCAGGCUUACAGGCGCACAGAAAAUCUCUUACUGGAGAACCGGGACAAGCUGCAAAAGCUGUCUGAUGCCCUCCUGGAGAAAGAAGUGAUAAAUUACGAUGACAUUGAAGCUUUGAUUGGGCCUCCACCCUAUGGGCCAAAGAAAAUGAUAGCUCCUCAGAGCUGGCUGCAAGCAGAGAGGGACAAGCAAGACUCAAGAGAUGAAGAAAUGCCCCAGCAGCCACCAAACCACGAGGAGGAGGAAGAGCCACGGCUGAGACCAGUGUGAAGCCCACUCCUGACAUGGACCAGGAGAGCUCUAGAGGCUUCUUUUGGACACAGGCCUUUGCCUGGGAAUCUGCUGCUGGUGCCCAGAACUGAAGGGAUGGCUGCGUUGGCUCUUCUAACCAGCUUCUCCCUGCAGGAAGGAGAAACUCCUUAGGAUUCUGAAACUGAUUCUCAGCAGGGCCAGUAGUGAUGAGUUGGGUAAGUCUAAUCUGGCGAAAGAUUUCUUGUGCACCAGAGCAGUGUAGGUGUUCUUGAGGGGGGCAGAGGGUGUGGAGUCCUGGUGAGGUGCCCCUCGCUGCGGGCUGGGACACACGGGGGGCAGGCUUGUCCCUGCCGGCCUGGGGAGACCCCGUGAGGCUCCUGCCUUGGUUCUGGUGCGACUCUGCUGUAACCUGUGGUCAUCUGCACUGCGGGACAUCAAAUAGAAACCAGAAAACAGACCUGCCUGGAAUAAACUGCUCCUCCUGUG